AUGAAGAUGUCUGCAGCUGACAGCCAGGAAUCUGGCAGCCCACCUCCAAGUCCUUCCGAAUCCACAACCUCAGAGACAGCACCCACCCUAGUACAUAUCAAGCAAGAAAACAUGGUGCCUGGCAUUGACAGCAAGAAGUAUUUCGGAGCAGCUGACUUCGGCCUCCCCGAUACAUAUCUACCACAGAGUUUCUCUGACUAUGGUCGUGUUUAUAGGCCAUUAGAUAUACCUAACCAAGGCUUUUUAGAUCACGUAUUGAAAAUACCAAACGGCAAAGACGAUGAGAGCAAAGAGGAUAAUGUGUCAGAAAGUACGGAUAUCAAUUUACCAUCAGAGUUAUUGUUUAAAUCGGGUGGGAUUUUCGCGCGACUUAAUAUAACAAAUGGAACGAAAUAUGGACCGUUCAAUGGAAAGUGGGAAACGCAGCCGUUGGACAGACGAUAUGCUUGGGAGGUACUCGGCAAGAAUGGUGUUCGAGGUUGGUUGGAUGGUACUACAGACAAAACGAAUUGGCUGAAAUUUGUCCGUUCUACAAAUUAUUCGCACGAUGUUAAUGUUCAACAUUUGUUACUCGCUGGACAAAUUUGGUACAAAGUAACUCGUGAUAUUCCGUCGGGACAAGAACUAUUAUUGGGGCCUAGGACACCUCUGCCAUUGCAGGAUGUGCUAGCUGCUGGUGGCCGAGAAGGAUCCAGUGUGAACUCCUCCAGUGGCUCGCAGGCUCUCACCGAAGACGAAGAACGUGAAGAUACGGAACCCCGCUGCUCAUUCUGUGACGCACCGUUUCCUAAUAUUGACGCGCUCGAUCGUCACCUUAUUCAAGCGCACGCGCAACCAGCUGCAGCAUACCACUGUGAACUUUGCAACCGGGCCUACAGCUCCAGGGCACUCCUCCUGCGACACCGGGCUCUGACCCACACCGACAUUAGGAAAUACCCCUGCGAAAAUUGCCCUAAGGUAUUUACCGAUCCUUCCAACCUCCAGCGCCACAUCCGCGCGCAGCACGUGGGCGCGCGCAGCCACGCCUGCCCCGAGUGCGGCAAGACCUUCGCCACAUCCUCCGGCCUCAAGCAGCACACGCACAUCCACUCCAGCGUCAAACCGUUCCAGUGCAAAGUCUGCUUCAAGGCAUACACGCAGUUCUCAAAUUUGUGUCGACACAAACGGAUGCAUGUUGCGUGCAGAGCUUUAGUUGAAUGUGGAAAAUGUGGACAGUCAUUCACUUCCUAUGCCUCUUUAACCAAGCAUAAGAGAUUCUGUGACACCGCUACUUCUAACGUAAAUCUACGAGGACAAUUGCCACAAGGGCUUCCCCAAAUAUCCCCAAUACCUAACGUCAUGAAUACUCCAAAUAAUAACAAUCCGUUCCCGAUGUAUAGGCCGACGUUGCCUUUACCGUACAACACGUUUGCUCAUUAUCCGGCGUUGUUCUCUGCAGCAGCUGCAGCUUGUCCACCAGAAUUCCUUAGUCCACUUCUUUUUAAUGUACAAGGAGCAAGGUUGGCAAUGGAACAAGAUAUGGCAUACAAUGCGAACUUGGUAGCAAAACAACAGCAAGAGGGGCGUAUGUCUGUGAAAAGUGUUGAUAGUACAGCUUCUAUCGAAGACGUAAAGAAGAAAGAUGACGUUGAUGUCAGUAAAAAAGAAGACGAACGAUCAACACCAAAACCACAAAAUAUAUUUGGACAACAGUCGUCACCAUCGGCCGAGGAAAUUAAUAAGCAACAUUCUUCACUCAUGUCACUGUCUCAAUCACUAGCUCCUUUCAAUUUCCUACGAGAUGAAGUGAAACAUUCGCCGUACAAUUUAUCUAUGAAACUAAACAAUAAUGACAUAACUGACGCUAAGCAUUCGUCACCAUCACCGAAAGACUUAACAAAAAACACAAAAGAAAUGGAAAAUAAUACUAAAUAUUCUGACGAUGAAGAAAUUGAGACCAAAAAAGAACAAAACGACCAACCAUUGGAUUUGUCCAUUACUAAGAAACAAAACGAUAAAGAAUCAGAAGCGGACAACGAUGAUCGUUCCUUUCGCAAUUCAUCCGUUAAAUCUUACUCACCACCUGAGAGUCCCGUCUUAAGGGAAAGUAAGACCCCGGAAAAUGAAACAACAGAUGUCGAUGUAGAAGCAGUAGAAUUGAAGCGAGAGGAUUCACCACAAAUUGUAUCUCCCCCUUUGGCUUUUCCAAUGCCUGUUCACCCGCAACACAAUACAAGCCUCAUUGAUGCGAUGUAUCGACCGCGUUUCCCGCCAUUUCAGCCAUCGGAUUCUAUUCUGAAUUCACACUCGCCCUACGUUCCUAGUCCGUUCAAUUUUUUAUCCCCACUUCUCGGUACUGAUGGACCUGAAAGGCAGCCAAGCGCGUACGCGAAAUUUCGUGAACUGAGUGCUGGUUCAGGAAAGCUUCGAGACCGUUACGCUUGCAAGUUUUGCGGGAAAGUGUUCCCUCGCAGCGCGAAUCUUACCCGCCAUCUCCGCACGCACACCGGUGAGCAGCCUUACAAAUGUAAAUAUUGCGAGCGCUCCUUCUCGAUUUCAUCGAACUUACAGCGCCACGUACGCAACAUUCACAACAAGGAGCGGCCAUUUCGGUGUCCCCUGUGUGACCGAUGCUUCGGUCAACAGACAAACUUGGAUCGACAUUUGAAGAAGCACGAAGCUGAGGGUGGGGAUUCACCCAGCUCCGUGGAUACAGAACAAGACGCGUGCUUCGAUAUCAGGUCGUUUAUGGGAAAGGUGACCUGUUCCCCCGGGGGCAGAUCCCCCGAAGGAUCCUCCCCUCAUCCCCCACACCCCGCGCAUGCACCACGUCCCCCUCUCGCUAUCUCCACCUAG